AUGAAAUCAACUUUAGAAUGUUUUUAUAAUCUAUCAUGUAUGAUUGAAUUAGAUCGACAUUUUGAUUUAUCUCUUGGAUCAUCUUUUAAUUUUUCAAAUUUAAAUGAAAUUCUUAAUCCACCGAAUGAAACAAUUGAAACAAUUAUCAAUAAACUUAUGGUUGAUUCUUGGAUAUCGAAUAUUUCAUUUUCUUCAUAUUAUAAUACAUGUUCUCCAUCAUCAUCUACUGUUCAAAUAAUAAAACUAUCACUUUCAAAAUAUAAAGAUUUAUUAAAAGAUCAUUCUUAUUCUCUUCAAUAUUCUUGUUCACAUAUAUCUAUUCCAUAUGAAACAUUUCUUUCUAUUGAACCUCAUUUUCAUGAUUUAUGUUCAAGUCUAUUUAUUUCUGAUGAAUGGAUUCAUUAUAUUUAUGGUGAAGGUCAUCUUUCUCAUCGAUUUUCAUUCGAUGAUUAUCAUUAUUCAGCUCCUGAACAAUUUCUUUCACUUUCUUCACUUUGUAAACUUAGUCAAGAAAAACUUUUAUCUGAAAAUCUUUUAAUUGAACAAAUUGAAAUAAUUCUAAAUCGACUUCAAUCAACUACAUCCAAAUCAUUUCUUAAUAUUUUGAAUUUAAUUCGUGAGACAAUUGGUUCGAAUAUGGUUAUGAGUGCAUGGAGCACUAAUUGGGAAUAUAUUCCUCAAAGUGCAUUAUCUGCUGAUUCAACUUCAUAUACAGCAUCUGUAAGUUAUGGUGAAUGUAACUGUGGAUUAUCAUUUAAAUGUACUCAGUCAUCAGGAGAUAUGAUGAGUGGUUGUUAUCCACUUGAAUCUAUUCUUCAAACAAAACUUUACUGUUUUUAUGAUCAAAAUUGUAUCGAUUCAAACGGAAAUUUUACAAGUUUAAAUAUGUCUACGUUGAAAAAAAGUCAAUUUAAUUUAAAUUCAACAAUUGAAUCAAUUUUAAAUAAUUUAAUGAUUGAAAAAUAUAAAAAUAAUUUAUCAUAUGAAAAUUAUUUUAAACAAUGUCAACAAUUAUCAUGUUCAUAUUCUUAUAUUAAAACUCAUGAUGUAACUCAAACAAUAAUAUCUCUUAUUUCUCUUUAUGGUGGAUUAGUUAUUAUAACUCGUUGUUUAGCAAUUAUUUUUGUUAAAAUUUAUCAAAGUAAAAAAAAUCGCAUUAAUUCCGAAGCUCCUCAACAAAAUAUUUGA